CCAUCCUCUAGCCUGUGUAUUUAUAUACAUGGCGCGAAAAGUGCAUAGAAAGGAACUAUAGCUUGCAAAUUGGGAUUGUGGCUAGCAGUUCCAUCAUUUGAAUCAAUGGAACCCAGUUACUACCUCCAGGACGGCAUUUCGCGGAAAGCCGACCACCUGUGUGUCUUGAUCCAUGGAUUCUGGGGUAACCCGUCUCACAUGGACCACCUAGCAGCGUCCCUGAGAGAACGGUACAGCGACGACCGCCUACAUAUCCUAGUUGCGGAGCGCAACGCCGGGAAUCUCACGUACGAUGGGAUCGAAGUUGGCGGCGAGCGAGUCGCCCUCGAAAUCGAGGAAACCCUAGACGCCUUAGCCGAUAAUGGAUGUCACAUCCGGAAGCUGAGUGUUGUUGGGUACUCGUUUGGAGGCCUGUUGGCCAGAUAUGCAAUAGGAUUGCUCGACGCACGGGGUUGGUUCGACAAGCUGGAGCCGGUCAACUUCACCACCUUCGUAUCACCGCAUGUGGGAGUGCGGAUUCCUCGCAAAGGCCUCUGGAGUUAUCUCUGGAAUAACGUAGGGCCGCAGCAGGGUUCGAUAUCAGCGCGACAGCUGUUCAUGGUUGACUCUGUCGGAGAAUCGGGGCGGCCGAUGCUUAGCCUUUUGGCUGAUCCGGAUGGCAUCUUUGUGCGGGCUUUGGGGAAGUUUAGGAAUCGGUGUCUUUAUGCGAAUGUGAUCAAUGAUCGCACGACUAUUUUUUAUACUACUGCGCUUUCGAUGGUGGAUCCCUUUCGGGAUGUGAAGCAUAAGCUGGCGAACUAUGUUAAAGGGUACGAACCUGUUGUGAUUGAUCCAGAUGUGUACUUUUUGUCUCCGGGGAUGAUGGAAGCAGAGACUUUGUCCUUGGGAAGUCGGGUUUGGCAACAAAUAAUGGGGAUCUUCACUAAGGUCUUGCUCUGGACCUUCGUUGUUCUUUUCCUUUCCAUCAUUCUGCCGCUUUUCUUCAUGAGGAAGAGAAGAGCGGAACACUGUUUAGACAAUACCGGUUGCCUCAUGCAAUGGCUGAGGGAGUGCAGAGCGCCAUAGGAAAAGCAUACGAGGACGUCGGGUUCAGACAACACCCCGAAUACCUCUCAGUCUCCAAGACAGGCGGCGAAGAAUCAAUUAGACAACGGAAUUCUCCCAGACCGAAAGCUAGAGAAACCACACCUUCACGAGACCGCGACGAUCACAAAGAAACAGAUGAUGCCACCAGCACAGACCGAAAGUAUCCCGCCCUCGCUCUCACGCCCGCCCAGAUCGCCGUAAUCGACUCCCUCAAUGCUGUGGGAUUCCGCAAAUACCCGGUCUACAUUCACAAUCACCGACAUAGCCAUGCAGCGAUCAUCGUGCGGGCCCCUUGAAAUGCGGGGCGCGAAAUAGUCGCAUAUCCACCCCACGGGGUCAUAGAUAAUUGCGGGGAGAGGGAUACGUAUGGAGUACAUUUCAUAGCUGGACAUCCAGUCAUCUUGUGUAGGGCUCAGUUUACUUGUCUAUACAAUACCAUUAUAAUAUCCAAAGCAAAAAGCCCAAGGCAGAAAAAACAGUAAAGAACAAC